AUGUCGCAAAAAAUUAUUCGUAUUCCAAAUUCUACUAAUUCUCUCACUCCACUGUCGACAUUUACAAUUCUGACAUACAACUGUCUUGCCUCAAAUCUGGCUGAACCACAAUAUUUUCCACAUACAAAUCCAGCUCAUCUAGAUUCCUCCUAUCGAUCAAAACUAUUCGAACGUGAAUUCCAAUCCUUCAAUGCCGAUCUCAUUUGUUUACAAGAAAUGCACCGAGAUGACUUCCACAAUUGGCUUAGUCCAUUUCUUGCUCGCUUAGGUUAUAGCGAAGGUGUGUUUGCUGAACGUGGUGGUACGAAGGCGAAAGACGGUGUCGUCUUAUUUUUCAAACGAGAUAAAUUCAAACUUAUCACACAUCAUCGACUUGGUUAUUUCGAUUGUGCGCAAAAGCAAUUUCCAAAUCAGACGGUCUUGGCAACAUACAAUGCUGCGCUGUUUUGUCUCCUCCAAUUACGAAACAUUAGCACGAAUACAUCGACCGGCCAAGAACAACACAUCUGGAUAUGCAAUACUCACCUGAAUUGGAAUCAUACAUUACCUGCUACACAACUGUUUCAAAUUCGUACUCUCUUGAACAAACUUUCUCAAUUGAAUCAAGAAACUCAAGACAGUCCAUUUAUUAUUGUCGGUGACUUUAACAGUAAACGUAAUUCAGUUGUACACGAUUACAUUAGAAACGGUAUUCUUACUGAUGGUGCAGAAUAUUAUUCGAAACUUCGCGAGACUUAUCUACCAUUAUUCGAUAACGAUGCAGCUAAAACAACGGAGUAUCUCAAUGAGCCUCAUGUGUACAAAAAAGCACUUGAAAGUGCUUAUCGUGAUAAAACAUUCACUAUGCCAUUUAGUACAAAAAUAAAAGACCAUUUUUGUGAAACAAUUGAUUACAUUUACUAUCAACGAAAUCGUAUAUGUGUGUUGCAAUUAUUGAAUGCAUUGUAUAACGAUGGCGAGCGAGUUUUAGAUGAGGAUUUUACUUUACCAAAUGAGCAACAUCCAAGUGAUCAUUUACCGCUAAUGGCUGAACUUGCUUUAUUUCCAAAAUCAGCAGAAGACCAUCUGGACAGUUCUUAG